UUAAGUACUUGUGAGUUGUGAUGGUCCAAAACAGAACUCUCUAUUUAAACAAACUUGAAACCCCUCUUACUUUCUUCUCCUUCAUCUCACUGUACUCUUCUGUUUUUCUUUACUUUACUCAUUGCUCUCAAAAGAGAGAAAAAAAAAUGGAGCUUUCUCAACUUGGUUUCCUUGAGGAACUACUAGCUCCAAGAAAAGAUACAUGGACCACUUUAUCCACCGGUUUAAACGACCUACUUCUUCCAAACGGUUGGAACUUCGACUCAUUUGAUGAAAAUCUUCUCCUAAAUCCAUCUCUAAACCCUUCAUUUGCUUCAUUCUCAACUCCACUAGACCAUAGAUUUGAAUGCUCUUAUGGAACUGAUGCUGUUUCAUACCCUUUUGUUGAUGGGUUCACUGUUCCAGAGCUUGAUGAUGCAACUCCACUUUUGCAACAAGAGGGUGUUGAAGUUGAAGAGUUUGGUUUUGUUGGAAGUGAGGAGAAGGGUUUGGAAGAGAGGAAAAUUAGCUGUAAAGUUGAGGAACAAGUGAGUGAGAUUCCUGUUUUUAACAUGGGUUUGUGUAGUGGUGGUAAUGGUCAGAAGAAAGGUAAAUCGAAGAGGGUUGAAGGACAACCUUCGAAGAAUCUCAUGGCGGAAAGAAGGAGAAGAAAGAGGUUGAAUGAUAGGCUUUCCAUGCUUAGGUCAAUUGUCCCUAAGAUCAGUAAGAUGGACAGGACAUCGAUUCUCGGAGAUACAAUUGAUUACAUGAAAGAGCUUCUCGAAAGGAUUGGUAAGUUGCAAGAAGAGAUGGAUGAAGGAACGGAUCAGAUAAAUGUUUUGGGAAUUUCUAAGGAGUUAAAGCCGAAUGAAGUCAUGGUAAGAAAUUCCCCUAAGUUUAAUGUUGAGAGGAGAGAUCAAGACACAAGGAUAAGCAUAUGCUGUGCCACAAAGCCGGGCUUAUUGCUGUCAACAGUGAACACAUUGGAAGCAUUAGGCCUCGAGAUUCACCAAUGUGUUAUAAGCAGUUUCAAUGAUUUUUCACUGCAAGCAUCUUGCUCAGAGGUGGCUGGACAGAGAAAUUGUAUGAACCCUGAAGAGAUAAAACAGUCACUAUUCAGGAACGCAGGUUAUGGUGGGAGGUGUCUUUAGGAAAAUGAAGGAAAGCUGACAUAACAAAUAUGCAGAUGGUGAAAAAGAGCAAAAUUUUCCUCUUAUGUAAUCCAAGUAAUUAGGUUGUUAAAAGUUGUAAUGAUAUUCCAAAUAAAUUGGCUUUUGUUGAUGCAAUCACUCUCUUAGGGUUAUACCCUGUAUUUAACAUACACUAGGGUAUCUUUAGAGCUAGUUUGAUCACUUUCUCUUUGCGAUAAAAAUUCAAUUGCAAAUUGAUAA